GGAAAUGAUGCGUUGGGUAAUCAUGGUGCCGCUGGGAGGUUGCCGCUGCCGCUGUUACCGGGCGCUUGAUGAGUUGUUACAUUUUAAUUUCAUGAUCCUGCACUGAAUUCUAUUAAACCAUGGGGGAAAAUAGUCCUGAUGGCAGCAUUCAUUACUAUGAAGUGGAGGAAGAUGAACUGACCCAAGAUGAUAAAAUGAUGAGGUUUGUGGACAAAAAUGGUCUGGUUCCUUCAUCAUCUGGGACAAUUUAUGACAGGACAACUGUUCUAAUUGAACAAGACCAUGGGACAUUAGAAGAUGAUGAGGAUGAAGGACAAUGUGGAGAUCACUUGCCUUUUUUACCAGAGGGUCAUGAAGAAGGAUUUCAUUUAAUAGCAGAUCAUGAAGGAAUGUCCCAGGGUUAUGUGCAACAUAUUAUUUCUCCAGAUCAGAUUCAUUUGACUAUAAAUCCUGGUUCAACUCCCAUGCCAAGAAAUAUCGAAGGAGCUACUCUCACUUUGCAAUCUGAAUGCCCAGAAACCAAGCGUAAAGAAGUUAAGAGAUACCAGUGCACCUUUGAGGGCUGCCCUCGCACCUACAGCACUGCUGGGAAUCUGCGCACUCAUCAGAAGACACAUCGUGGGGAAUACACAUUUGUCUGCAAUCAACAAGGUUGUGGCAAGGCCUUCCUUACCUCCUAUAGUCUCAAGAUUCAUGUCCGAGUGCACACUAAGGAAAAGCCGUUUGAGUGUGAUGUGCAGGGCUGUGAAAAGGCAUUCAAUACACUGUACAGGUUGAAAGCACAUCAGAGGCUUCACACAGGAAAAACGUUUAACUGUGAAAGCGAAGGCUGCAGUAAAUACUUCACAACACUCAGCGAUCUGAGGAAGCACAUUCGAACACACACAGGAGAAAAGCCAUUUAGGUGUGAUCAUGACGGCUGUGGAAAGGCUUUUGCUGCAAGCCACCACCUUAAAACACAUGUUAGGACACAUACUGGAGAGAGACCCUUCUUCUGUCCCAGUAAUGGCUGUGAGAAGACUUUUAGUACUCAGUAUAGUCUCAAGAGUCACAUGAAAGGUCACGAGAAAGGACACUUAUAUAAUGCACUUCCCAAUAACAACGUAUCUGAGGAUACAAACCACUCACUUUGUCUGAGCGACUUAAGCCUCAUAUCCACAGAUUCGGAACUGCGGGAAAACUCUAAUACAACACAUGGACGAGAUCUUAGCACAAUCUCACCAGCAAGCAUUUUUGAAUCUAUGUUCCAGAGCCCAGAUCAUACAGCAAAUCAGGAAGAUUCUCAACAGACAGCUGCCUUGAUUGAAAGUUUUAACGGUGAUGCAGACUCAGUAACUACUGUUCAGCCUUCUGUAGGAGAUUCAGCAUCUUUAUCUCUCCCACUUGUACUGCAGCUUGGCAUCUCCGAGCCUUCUCACCCAGCACUACAAACCUCCGCACCCCCUCCAGCUCCCACCUCCAUAGGAACCAGUUCACAGCAAGCUGCGUUUGGAAAUCCUGCGACUAUUUUACAGUCCCCAGAAGUGCCUGUUCCUCACAGCACACAGUUUGCAGCCAGUCACCAAGACUUUCUGCCGCACACUCAGACACCACCACAGCCCAUUGUACAAGGACUUUCAGUGGUUGCCGGAGCCUCUGCUCCAGCAGCAUCGAGUGCCACUGAGCCUCUGCCGGCUGUGGUUCAGUCUGUGCCUGUGGGUGCGAACUCUGUUCUGACAAGUAACCCGACUAUAACAAUUACUCCAUCUCAGAGCACUGCUAUUCUGCAGUCCAGCAUAGUCAUGGGAGAACAGAACUUACAAUGGAUUUUAAAUGGUGCCAAUGGAUCUCCCCAAAAUCAAGAACAAAUGCCACAAGUUCCAAAGGUGGAGAAGGUCUUUUUUACCACCACAUUACCAGUGGCUGGCAACACAGGAAACUCUGUUCAGCAGAUUGGUCUCAGCGUUCCUGUUAUCAUCAUAAAGCAAGAGGAGGCCUGCCAGUGUCAGUGUGCCUGCCGAGACUCUGCCAAGGAGAAAGCAACUAGUAAGAAGGGAUGUUCCUCGCCUGACCCGAAAACUUUGGAGCAGCCAACUCUUCAGCUGCAGCCUCAGACUUUUCCUUCCUCCUCCUCCUCUUCUUCCUGUGAGCCCACCGGUCAGAUGGCCAACCCUUCCGACUCACAGACUGAAACAUUAAGUGCCAUAGAUGUAUCAGACUUCCUGUCCCUCCAAAGCCCUGAAACCCCAUCCAAUCUGAUUCCAAUUGAAGCACUACUACAGGGGGAGGAAGAAAUUGGUUUGAAUAGCAGCUUCUCCAAGUAAAGAUGCUCCAGAUUCUUCUUCCUUGCACCUGGAGGCUAAAAUCCUCCUCCUUAGAAGCAGACACUGAAGGCUCAAGAGUUUUUUCUUUUUUUGAAGUUUUGUGGCCUACUUCUGCUUCUCGGAUGUCAUUUUAGUCACGUCCCAGGAACAUCCAUCUUUGGGAGUUGAAUCUUUAAAGAAAAAAAAAAAGAUAAAAAAAAGCUAAGUUAUAUAUGAACUGUUUUGGCUGCACUGUCUGUCACUUUUGCUUGUUGUCAUAUGUGAACAUGGAAGUUAAGGUUACUCGUCUGCAUAAAGAUUAUAAAAAGAAAGGGGGUUUUAGUUUCAGUCAGUCUCCUGUUGCACAUCAUUUUAUGUUUGGGGUUUUUGGUACUGGCAGCGAGUGGGUCUUUUGUUACAACUUCUUGGGUCUGUAAUCUCCUUUUGUCUCCUUCUGUGUCUGAUACUGACCAUGCACUAUAGUAGAGGCCCAGAGAAUGACGUUUCUCUAGCAGAAGAUGGUAUUAUUGUAGUAGGAGUUGUCUGAUCUGGAGCUUUUCUGGAGUGAUACUUUAAGAUGCUUUUGUAAUCAUGGGAUACUUGUCCCAUCACCCCAUUAGUGGGAGGAGUUGGCUGUUUGUAUGAUGCUAACACUAAUAGCAAAGCCAACUGAAACCUUUGGGGAGUUCCUAAAGAAGAGCAUGAGGUACUUGUGCUCCUGCUGUGUUCAUUCAUUUGAUUUAAAUCAGGGCAGAGAGUACAUUUCAGGUCCAUUGCUUCCUAAUUUAGAAAUGUGGUCAGAGCCUCUGCCUAUGUAGAACCUGCUCUGCUUGCCUCUUCUUGCAGAAUGCAGUGGGUUUCACAUGUGGUGAUAUUGGUGCCUGUUGUUGUUUUGACCAAUCUGAUCAACAUCUGACUUUCUGUAGAAACAUGAGUCAGGCUUUAAAAAUCCACAUCAAAUUCAUCAGGAGCGCAACAACUUUGCAGGUAAAUCUCUUCCUUUGUUGACGAUGAUUCCUUGUCAGCAUAUAGUAAACUAGAAUUCAGUGAGCAUGUCCUGUAACAGUCCAGAAAUGCUUCCUCUUUUCUGUUAAACUCUAUAAUCCCUGCCUGAAUCUGCCUCCAACCUGCUGUAAUGUCAGCUCUCUGUGCAUGGGGCUAUUUCUUGACUAAAAUGCAUUACACAACUUAGUAGUUUUUCAUAUCAAGCUGAAACUCUAUAUUCUAACUGACUCAGGGUAAAAAAAAACCACAAACUCCCCUUCCACCAAAAAGCCUGUAAUGUUGCAAUAAAUGCAGUCUCAUUUUAAGUGGUUUAUUUAUGCUGCAUUAUUUUAAAAGAUGUAAUUUUAUAGUAUUUUAUCCAUCUGUCUGGCUUUGGCUGUGAGUCUUUUUGUGUUGAAGGAAAGAAUAUUAAAUAGUCUUUAUUCAGUUUACGGUGUUAGGUGUAGUGAUAUGACCAUAAGCCAAAUAAUGCUGAGCAACUGUGUUCAUUAGAUUUAAGGAUGCAAACUCCUGGAAGGUGGAGGCCUUUCCCUUCUCUCCCUUCGGUUUUCUUCCUGUUUACUCACAUCUU